AAUAUUCCUAUUUAGCGAUAGCAACUUCAGAAAGCGGGGGUUUGAAGUCCAGAUUUCGAAUCAAUAUCCAAAUUAAAAACACCAAAAUCCCUUUUGGAAAAUAUAUAUAUCUUAUGAAGAAAUUGCCUCCAACAGAACACAUCCGAACAAAGCUUGAAUUACAAUUACCUGAGAAGAAAUUCGAACCGCAAUGGCCAUGGAUCCUUCUUCUUCUGCUAAAAACUUCGAGAAAUUUGAGCCGCGAUUUGAUUGGGUUGAUCAUCCUGAUUCUCAUGUUCUCGUCGUUCACCUCUCAGGUUUCAGUAGCAACCAACUGAAAGUUCAGGUAACGUCCACCGGUAAGCUGAGAGUCUCCGGCGAUCGGCAGCUCAUUAACGGCAAGUGGCUUCGAUUCCAAAAGGAAAUCGAUAUCCCCGCCGACGCAGACACCGAUAAUAUCUCUGCCAAAUUGGAGCAUGGCAUUCUCUACGUGAAACAGCCCAAGAAACCCUCCGCCACCUCCUCCAACAUCCCACCGGUUCAGCAACCCAAGCCCAAGGCUGAAUCCCAACCGCCGCCCGCCGCCACAAAACCCACUGCUGACCCACCAAAUGUUCGACCAAAUGCUCCAAAGAGCCAAAACGAAAGACCCGAGCCUCCAGAGUCCGCUGCUACAGAACCCACUGUCGCCCCACCAACUGUUCGACCAAAUGCCCGAAAGAGACUAGACGAAACAGUCGACACUGCAUUCUAUCCUGGCACAAAAACCUAUCUCAAAAUCGUCCCAAAGAGCGAAGACGGAAUAGCCAAGCAAUCAAUCAAUCCCAAAAAAUACCAUGCCCCACGAAGUGUUGGAGCAAAUCCCCCAAAGAGCCAAAAUGAGAGGCCUCAAUCACAAGCAAGUGGGAAACAAAUCCCCACUCCUCCAAAGCCACAGGGGGCAACCGGAGCACCCGCGAGGAUCCCAAAACCCGGCGAGACAUCCUCCAUAGGCAGUGGACAGCCAGUUGAAGAUUUAGCUAAGAAGGACAAAACAAAGGAGAAGGGGAAAGCACAUACAAAACUACAGGAUGCUUUGGAGAAGACAAGAGAAGACGGUAAAGAAGAAGAAGGUGGGUCAAAAAUGGCAGAGAAGGAGAAAGAAGAAGUUGGAAUAGCCAAGCCAUCAAUCGAUGCCAAAAAGUUCCAUGUCCCACGAAGUGUUGGAGCAAAUCCCCCAAAGAGCCAAAACGACAGGCCUCAAUCACAAGCAAGUGGGAAACAAAUCCCCACUCCUCCAAAGCCACAGGAAGCAACCGGAGCACCCGCGAGUAUCCCAAAACCCGGCGAGACAUCCUCCAUGGGCAGUGGACAGCCAAUUGAAGAUUUAGCUAAGGAGGACAAAACAGAGGAGAAGGGGAAAGCACAUACAAAACUACAGGAUGCUUUGGAAAAGACAAGUGAAGAAGGUGGGUCAAAAAUGGCGGAGAAGGAGAAAGAAGAAGUUGAAAAAGAGAAGAGGAGGAGGAUGAAGAGAAUGAUUGAGGAAAUGGGAGAAGAGAGUGGAAGGUUGAGAAGAAGAGAAAGGUACAAACAGGUUAUUGAUGGGGUGGUGAAGGAAUUAAGGACAAAUAUGGUGACUUUGGCUUUGGGGGUUGCUGUCUUUGGGAUUUUGUAUCUGAAUCUUUCAAAGAAGGGUCAUGUGGAGGAAGAGUUGUGAAGAAGGUAUGAAUGAAUGGAAUUCUAGUUUGGGUGAACAAAAAUAUGUGAAAGAGCUUGUUCCAAGAGACAUGAAAUAAAAUUUGCUAUAUUUUCAAUAAACUAUUCCAUCUCCCUCA